UCCUCAGACCUGCUUCGCCAGGGGCUCGCUCUCUGCCUGGGAGGGAUGACUCCAGCCUGGAGACACCUGCUGAGAGCUUGGUACCUGCAGACCUCCUCUUCCAGGAUCCCCAAGAUGUGCCCUUCCUUGAGCGGUGCUUUCCGGACAUCUGUGACCAAGCUUGGUCUUCAUACAAAACACAGAAUGCCUCCCUGUGACUUCACACCUGAAAAAUACCAGUCCCUCGCCUAUGAACGUGUCCUGGAGAUCCACAGUCAACACCUCGCUCCCAUGUCGACGGCGUAUUUCCCGAAGCCUUUGUUGCUUCACCAGGGUCACAUGGAAUGGCUGUUUGAUUACGAGGGAAACAGAUACCUGGAUUUCUUUUCUGGGAUUGUCACUGUCAGUGUCGGUCACUGCCACCCGAAGGUGAACGCAGUGGCGCAAAAGCAGCUGGGCCGCCUGUGGCACACAAGUUCCCUCUUCUUCCACUCUCCAAUCCACGAGUUCGCAGAGAAGCUUUCGGCACUUCUUCCUGAGCCUCUAAAGGUCAUUUUCUUGGUGAAUAGUGGUUCAGAGGCCAAUGAUCUAGCCAUGCUGAUGGCCAGAGCACACUCAAACAGCACAGACAUUAUUUCCUUCAGAGGAGGCUACCAUGGGUGCAGUCCUUACACACUUGGCCUGUCCAACGUAGGGCCCUACAAGAUGGAGCUCCCCAGUGGGACGGGCUGCCAAUCAACAAUGUGCCCAGAUGUUUUCCGUGGCCCUUGGGGAGGAAGCCACUGUCGAGAUUCUCCGGUGCAAACAAUUAGGAAAUGCAGCUGUGCACCAGACUGCUGCCAAGCGAAAGACCACUAUAUUGAACAGUUCAAAGAUACUCUGAACACUUCUGUGGCCAAAUCAAUUGCUGGAUUUUUUGCAGAGCCAAUUCAAGGGGUAAAUGGAGUCGUCCAGUAUCCAAAGGGGUUUCUACAGGAAGCCUUCGAGUUGGUGCGGGAGCAGGGAGGCGUGUGCAUCGCAGAUGAGGUGCAGACAGGAUUUGGAAGACUGGGCUCUCACUUCUGGGGCUUCCAAACCCAUGGCAUCCUGCCAGACGUUGUCACCAUGGCUAAAGGGAUUGGGAAUGGCUUUCCCAUGGCAGCAGUUGUAACAACCCCAGAGAUUGCCAAGUCUCUGGCUACACGUCUUUUUCACUUCAACACCUUUGGAGGAAACCCCAUGGCCUGUGCCAUUGGGUCAGCUGUGCUCGAGGUGAUUAAAGAAGAAAAGCUACAGGAAAAUAGUCAUGAUGUUGGCACCUACAUGCUACAGAAGUUUGCUGAGCUGCGUGAUGAGUUUGAGAUUGUCGGAGAUGUCCGAGGCAAAGGCCUCAUGAUAGGAAUAGAAAUGGUGAAGGACAAGGUGAGCUGCCAGCCUCUUCCCCGGGAAGAAGUCAAUGAAAUCCAUGACGACUGCAAACGCAUGGGGCUUCUAAUUGGCCGAGGUGGCAUUUUUGCCCAGACAUUCCGCAUCGCGCCCUCCAUGUGCAUCACUAAACCAGAUGUUCAUUUUGCAGUGGAAGUAUUUCGGUCUGCCUUAAUCCAACACAUGGAGAGAAGAGCUAAAUAAAACUUUUAAAAAUAAAAUCCAUAAGCUUCAAGAACUUUCCACUUCUGUUCAAGGGUUAAUUUAAGGAAUUCCAUUAGAUAAUUGGUGUAAGUUGUAUAGGACAUGGUUGACUGCCCACCAGCCAAAUGUGUUACCAGAGCCUCCAUUAUCUUGAGAAACCCAUCCUCCAAGAAAAGAUCUAAACUAACUAACUCAGAGAAUAAAUCCUAAUUAUUC